AUGCCCUGCUCUCAAGAGGCACAAGUCAUCUCCCCCAGCAAACGGGCCCGGCCUGCGGAGGAGGGCGGCAUGUGGCUCCGCUUUGUCCAGCUUCUGGAGCACGCCACCGCUCCGACCAGGGGGUCCGAGCAUGCUGCGGGCUAUGACCUAUACGGUGCCUAUGAUUACACAGUACCACCUAUGGAGAAAGCCCUUGUGAAAACAGACAUUCAGAUAGCUCUUCCUUCUGGGUGCUAUGGGAGAGUAGCUCUACGUUCUGGCUUGGCUGCAAAACACUUCAUAGAUGUAGGAGCUGGUGUCAUAGAUGAAGAUUAUAGAGGAAAUGUUGGUGUUGUACUGUUUAAUUUUGGCAAAGAAAAGUUUGAAGUCAAAAAGGGUGAUCGAAUUGCAUAGCUCAUUUGUGAACGGAUAUUUCACUCAGAAAUAGAGGAAGUUCAAGUUUUAGAUGACACUGAAAGGGGUUCAGGAGGUUUUGGUUCCACUGGAAAUAAUUAAAAUUUAUGCCAAGAACAGAAAAUGACAAAAUAUACUUUUUCCUUGAAAAUAAAGACUUUGC